AUGGCCAGUGUCGGCGACCAGAUAGAGCAUGGGCGCCUGUCCAAUGCCUCCCCAUCGCCUUCCCACCCACCGUGGCAGCAGCCGACGCGCCGACGAGGGCGCAACGCUUCGGCCUGCUCUCAAUGCCACUCCCGAAAGCAAAAGUGCAAUGGCGGCCAACCGUGUCUGAAUUGCAUCCGACGCGGAGUCGAUCACCUCUGCUCUGGGCCGCCGGCGUCGCACAGUCGACAGAAACCUGCUCCACGGCCCCUUCAGUCUGCCGUUGCCUCGGUGGGCCAGUCGAGCUCAUCAACACCUCCCAUUGAAACCUCGGUGGCAGUGGCGGCGACCGGCGGCGACGAACCGUCCAGACCCCGACAGGAUCAGCCCCGGAUCGGCCAGCUGUGGCGGUCACGAGGCGCCCCGGCCUUCUUCGGCACCUCGUACUUCGGGCCCCAGGUGGCGGCGACCAUGAUCAACUCGCCGGCGCCCGACAUCCCCGCGGGGACGGGCUCAUCGUCGGCGCGCAAGACAGAGACAAUCAACGCGCGGCCGUUCCGCGACGAGUCGGGCCCCUACUCGCAGAUUUGGGACCUGCUGGGCCUGCUGCCACGGCGCAAGAGCUUUGUGGACCAUCUGGUCGAACGGUUCUUCAGCGACCUGAAUGGCCACAUCGAUGCAGUCCAUCCAGCUUCCUUCCAACAGAGCUACAGCCUGUUCUGGGAGCGUAAGUCGGGCUUCGACGAUGUGACCACGGUCGAUCUGCGGUGGCUCGCGCUCCUCUUUGUCAUCCUCGCCAUCGGGGCGUACCUCGACUGCCCGCGCACCAGCUCGGCCGACACGCAGCGCGACUAUGAAGAGGCAUCGUUGCGGUUCUACUGGGCGUCGCGGCGGGCCAUCGUCAUCGCGCCCUCUUUUUACGGCGAAAGCACCGACCUCGUGCGCGCCGGCGUCCUCAUCACCCGCUAUCUCAUCCAGACCCAGCGCCUGGCCGAGAGCUGGUUGACGGUGGGGUUUGCGGCGCGACUGGGUAUCGCCCAGGGCCUGCACGUCGACGGCGAGAAAUGGGGCCUGCCUCGGAGGGCGACGGAAACGCGUCGCCGGCUCUGGUGCCACCUGUACACGCUGGAUCGCAUGAUUUCGCUGGCGCUGGGCCGGCCAUACUGCAUCUCCGACGCCCAGAGCCUGCUGGAAGAGCCGCAGAACGUGUAUGUGGAUGACCUGACCGACGACGAGGCUCACUUGGCCCAGCCGCGGCCCCUGAGCGACCCGACCAUCAGCGUCAUGGCCUCGCUUGAGUACCGCCUGGCCAAGGUCAUCGGGCAGAUCCAAGAAGCCUGCUUCCACUUCGACACUGCUUCAUACCGGGACGUGCUCGCCCUGGACGAGAGGCUCAUGGGCUGGAAGCAGGCCCUGCCGCCGUACUUUGCGCUCGACGGGCCCGACCUGUCCCUGGACGCCACGCACCCCUUUCUCGCCUGGCAGCGCCUCUACCUCCACACCAGCUUCCAUUUUGCCCGCAUCACCCUGCAUCGCCCGUACCUCUUGCGCCCGUCCUUGACCGACCGCUACCAGUUCAGCCGGGAUGCAUGUCUCUCGUCCGCGCGGGCCGACCUCAAAACCCGCCUCGACUCGCAUUUCCAUUCGGUCGACUCGGCCGCCCACUACACCUGGAGUCUGAGCGCCCAUCAGCUGUGCAACAGUGCCAUCAUUCUCGGCAUCCUCGCCGUCCGAGAGGCCAGUUCCGUUCAGAAUCCGGGCAUCGUCGACGAUCUCGAGGCCUACUGUGAAAUGCAACGCUCCGAGAUGUGGCUGAGUGAGUUUGGCCUGGCCGAGGUCAGCGUCGUGGAAAUGUGCAUCGCCAAACUCAAAAAGCAACUGCAGUAUGCGCGCGACCGUGACCGAGACCGAGACCAGGCCCGGGACUCUCGACACCGACCUCGGCCGCGACCUUCGGGCUUGGGUGUGAGCUCGACCUCAGGUCCAGCAGCAGUAGCAUCGCCAACUCCAAAUGCUUUGAAUGACGACAAUGACGCCAACGAUACUAUGCUCACGCUUCCAACGGCAACGGCAACGACAACGGCGUCUUGGACGGCAGACCAGAGUUUCACCCCGGCAAUCUCAGGACCCACGUCGCCGAUCUGGCAAGACCAGCUCUUUCCAGGCUCGUUGCCCGGCUUCACGGAUCUUCAAACUUGGCAAGAAGUGAUUGAUGAGAUCGGAGCGGAUUUCUCCAAUGCCGCCUAA